GAACAUGUGUCAAAGUGUCAGUUUGGUAAAUAAAUGAACAUAACCAUGUUGAAAUGUGAAAUCUAUUAAAAUUAUAUAUCUAAUUUUCUAAAAACUUGUCAACAGUAUAUAGUACAAUGUCUUCAGAUAUAAGUACUUUUACAGUUUUACCAUUGGUAUUUUCUACGGAGUGCACAAGCAGUCAUGAUGUAUACAUAAAAGAACACUCCGUUAGAGCUGUUAGCGAAGACAAACCUCCUGGCCAGACUCUCUUUAUGUUAAAUGUUCCUCCCACAGCAACAGAAGUAGGUUUAAGGAACGCUUUUUCCAGUGUGGGCAACAUAAGACGAAUAAUUUUCGAAAAGAACACAAAGGAAGAAGGAGAUGGUUUUAAAAGAGCGUAUAUAGUUUUUAACAAAAGAGACCACUUAGUUAGAGCCCUGCAAUUGAAAUCGUUGAAGCCCAUGUCAACUGAUAAUGAACCAAUAGAGACUGGACUUAAUUUGUGGGUUAAAAAUUAUAAUAAUUCUAUCUGUGACCGGGACGUUUUAAGGAAAAAAGUGGAACAAUUUAUGGCCGAUUUUGACAGCCAAGAGAAGAAAGACAAAACAGAAGAAAAUGUGGAUGAUGAAGGAUGGACGGUUGUUACAAAAGGUGGUAGAAAACCGGGACUAUCCAGGAAGGAGAGUUUAGCCAACAAAUUGAAUGAAAAGGUGCAAAAAGGUGCGAAGAAAAAGGAGCUAAAGAAUUUCUACACCUUCCAAAUAAGGGAAUCGAAGAAAGAGCAGAUUGCACUCAUGAGAAAGAGUUUUGAAAAGGACAAGGAAAAAGUUGCACUCAUGAAACAAGGGAGAAAGUUUAAGCCUUAUUAAAAUUUUAUUACAUUGACUGUGUAUUUUGGGAUAAAUAAAUUUAUAUUUGUACAUACUAAAAAA